AUGCCGCGCCCCGCCGCCCCUCUGCAACGCUCGUCCGCGAGCCCCCCGCGCCCAAAGCCGCCGCCGCUGCCUAACACCAGAAGCCACGACGACCCAAGCAACGCCCCUGCUCUGUUCGCGGUCUGCCCAGUGGAGUGUCCAACGUCUCCGCCUCGCCGCGACACCACCGCUGUCCUGAUCUGCCCGUUCGAGAGCCCCGACGACGGAAGAUCUGAGCCGAUCGUCGCUACACCAUUGAGCGGGCCCUGCACCAGCCCGCGCCUCCUCUGCUGCUCGUGCUGUAUCCUCCCCCAGUUAGCACCGACGUCCAGCAGCACUACCGAAGUUCGACGCUACCCGCAGCAGUUGCCGGACCUCCUCGGCCUCCGUCCCCGCGCCGCUCGAUCCGACCUGUCGCUGCUGCUCUGUCCGAAACCAAGCAGACCCGUGCUGCUCGUUUCCCCGACGUCCUGCCGACCCGCGCUGCUCGCCGCCCCGAAGCCAGGCAAACCCGCGUUGCUCACUGCCCGCGACGCCCCUCAGCAACGCCCUCUGCCGGAGACCCAAACGCCGAUAGCUUAG